AUGCUUGAGUCUUGUUCGAAUCUCAAUCUAUGUUCUUUAUUAUUAAACAAUGGCAUGAUCCAAGCUAAUGGAUCAACUCAGUUGUGUUUGGUAGAUGAUGAUGAUGAUGACAUGGAUCUGUUUGGUGACGAGACAUGGGAGGAAAAGAAAGCUGCAGAGGAGAGGGAGGCUGCUAAGAAGGACACCAAGUAG